UCAACUUUAUUAUACGAGACCAGAUAUGCAACAUUCUGUAAAAGUACAUAUGGAGUUGUCCAUUAACACACGAUGGUCCCAUUGAACUUAUUAGUUAUCACAAACAACAACACUGGAAAACUGAUGCUCCUAUUUCAUUAAAAGCAUUCUCUAGAAUAAUUGUUAAAGGAUGGCACAAAGUCCCUCAGCCGUUGACGUGAAGCAGGAGCCAGAGUCUACACCGAUUCCACCGAAUGAGCCGUCUACUGUGGAAGCGGUACCAGAGAUAUCGGGUUGGCUAAAAGCGGGGGCUAACAUGUUCAAUCAUUUUAAGAACGAUGCCAACGCCAGUAUUACUCUCAUUGAUUCCUCAGGAAGAGAAUUUUUAACGCGUUUGCGCACAAGUGACUUCCAGUAUUUGAUUAAGCAGACCAUUCUGGCUAAUGUCAAAGCACAACUGGAGAAGUCCAAGUCCAUAUUCCAUCGAGACCUGAAUACAGACUCGGAGCUCGCAGCAACGAGAUUACCCUCCAGCUCAACAUCGUGGCUGGCGUCGAAGUCUUCCCGUAGUAGAAUCAGUUUGGAAGAAAAUGACGAUUCUCAGCCGGGUUCUGAAGGAUCGUCUAGCUCCACUGGAUCCACAUACAAUUUGGCUGCAAAACUAAAACUUUUUGAAAGGAAAAGUGAUGAACCAUCGACGUCAAGGGAGAAACAUGGUUCGGCGGCUGCUGCUUCGAAGGGCUCAUUGCACAAACCGGGCAUCAGAGCUGGCGUUGGAAGAACUGCGGAGUCUUCUAAUGGGAAAAUACGUGGAAGAGGUGGUAAGCGGCGCAUUCAGCCGAUGCCAACAUUCCACAAUACCGUCACUACGGUGCCUUUUAAACUGCAAUGUGAUGAAGUUCUCGCACUGGAUGAAGAAAUGACCACAUUAUCUUCGCAGCCAGGAAGCGGUGCCCAAGUGGGAAGUGCAGCAUCUUCUCUGGGCGAAAUCAGUAUAAGAGUGACCAAAACUACCCCUUCAGAUCGAACCGCCGAAAACGGUCCCCAACGGAUAAAAAAGCGACGGAAUAAUAAAAAUGGGGUUGCCGGUAUGAAGAAAGCAGAAACUGCCAUGCCACCCAAGCUGAAAUUAGGAGGAUUGAGGAAGAGCCGGGGCCGUGGUAAUCGUUGUCGGAAAAUGUACGGAAUAUCUCGCCGUGAUCUCUGGUGUAAAUCGUGUCAGUGGAAGAAGCGUUGCAGUCGAUUUGAUGAAGACGGGAAUGUUAUCGAAGGCCAGGAUGAGGCAUUGGCAUCUAGUGCCAACACGUUCGGGCUCGUUUAGUGACUGUGGGUUUUGCAUCCACUUCGUUUACCGUGCAUCUGCGUUGUUGCAUUGACUGAAACGCAGCAGAUACUAGUACUGAAAUGUUUUUGAUCUUGUACAUGCAUUAUUUAUUGUUUGCCCGUGUUGGACUAAAGUAACUACUGUUGUUGUUAUUGUGCGUUGCUGCGCUGAAUGUUCUCAGUGAUUUCCUUAUUUACCCGGACAAGAAAUGAUAAACUAGAAGUUGUUGAUCGAUUCUGUUGCA